GAGUUGUCUAACAGCAGAGGAGAGUUCUGCUGAAUGUUAACUUCAGUGCUGAGGGAUGCAGCUCUGUGGGCUUUAGCACAAGUUGGUGGUGAGGACAUUUUUGGUUGGGUGUUUCCUCCUGUCCCUGUGUGGGACUCCUUUCACUGCUCUCCUCCUUAACAGGGAACAGCAGCUUCACUUCACAGGCUGACGAGGUCCAACUUUGCUCCACGUUAAACUACUUUGACUCUGUGGUCGGACACCACCAGCAGCGAACUUUAAAAACUAACUCCAGGUUGUUUGAUCGGCGUCCUCCCGUUGGGCCCCGACGAGGAGGAUGGAGACGAGCCCCAUCCCGGUGGUGACGGUCCAAACCGCCCCCUUUGACGACCAGCGGCCCGGUACCAACGGGCUGCGGAGGAAGACUGCGGUGUUCGAGGGGAAGAAGAACUACCUGCAGAACUACAUCCAGAGCGUCCUGUCCUCCAUCGACCUGCGGGACCGACAGGGCUGCACUAUGGUGGUGGGCAGCGACGGCCGCUACUUCAGCCGAGCUGCCACCGAGGUGAUAGUGCAGAUGGCAGCUGCCAACGGGAUUGGUCGUCUGGUAAUCGGCCACAACGGCCUCCUGUCCACCCCUGCUGUUUCCUGCAUCAUCAGGAAGAUCAAAGCCAUUGGCGGGAUCAUCCUCACAGCCAGUCACAACCCCGGAGGCCCUGGUGGAGACUUUGGAAUCAAGUUCAAUGUGGCAAAUGGAGGCCCGUCUACGGACACAGUGAUGGAGAGGAUCUACCAGGUGAGCCGGACGCUCGAGGAGUACGCCAUCUGCCCCGAUCUUCGCAUUGACCUGUCCAGGCUGGGAAGACAAGAAUUUGAUCUGGAGAACAAGUUUAAACCUUUCAGAGUGGAGAUCGUAGACUCAGUUGACGUGUAUCUGCAACUGCUGAGAAACAUCUUUGACUUCAGUGCCAUCAAAAGUCUUCUCACAGGACCACAUCAGGUCAAGAUACACAUAGAUGCCAUGAAUGGAGUGAUGGGCCCCUAUGUGCGUAGGAUCCUGUGUGAUGAGUUGGGAGCUCCUGCUAACUCUGCUGUCAACUGCGUCCCUCUGGAGGACUUCGGUGGUCGACCUCCUGAGCCCAACCUGACUUACGCCACCUCUCUGGUAGACGCCAUGAAAGGAGGUGACUUUGGCUUUGGAGCUGCAUUUGAUGCAGAUGGGGACCGCUACAUGAUCCUUGGAGAAAACGGCUUCUUUGUGAACCCCUCAGACUCAGUGGCCAUCAUGGCUGCCAACCUCUCCACCAUCCCCUACUUCAGACAGAUGGGAGUCAAGGGCUUUGCCAGAAGUAUGGCCACUAGCGCUGCCAUCGACAGGGUAGCUAAAGCCAUGAAACUGGCACUGUAUGAGACUCCCACGGGCUGGAGGUACUUUGGGAACCUGAUGGAUUCUGGGCGUUGUUCCCUCUGCGGGGAGGAGAGCUUUGGGACAGGCUCAGACCACAUUCGUGAGAAAGAUGGUUUGUGGUCGGUGUUGAUGUGGUUGUCCAUCAUGGCUGCCAGGAAACAGGGUGUUGAGCAGAUCGUCAGAGAACACUGGGCCAAGUUUGGACGUAACUACUACUGCAGGUUUGACUAUGAAGGCCUGGACCCGCGUGCAGCCUUUUACCUGAUGAGGGAUCUGGAGGGAGUCAUCUCAGACAAAGCUUUCACCAGCCAGAAGUUUGCCGUGGGAGACCACAUAUACAGCGUGGAGAGGGCCGACAACUUCGAGUACAUCGACCCCGUGGAUGGAUCAGUGGCUCGAAACCAGGGUUUGAGGAUCAUCUUCAAUGAUGCGUCCCGCCUGGUAUUUCGGAUGAGCGGGAGCGGCGGAGGGAUGGGUGCCACCAUCCGCAUCUACGCCGAGAGCUUCGAGAGAGACCCUGAGAGACACAACAGAGAGACGCAGGUGGUGCUGGGUCCUCUCAUCGCCAUCGCCCUGAAGCUCUCCAACAUCCAUGAGAGGACAGGGCGUCGCGGCCCCAACGUCAUCACAUGAGCAACCAGGAGAACACACACUCACAUGCACGCACACACAUGCAUCUAACUGCUCACACAGACAAAAUACCUUCAAAAUACAUUUUCCUGUACUUAUCUGCCUUUUUUUUUUAAAUCCCUCUGUAGCUUUAAUUUUUCUUUGAAUGAUGACUAAACUGAAGGUGCUUAUCUCUGAUAAAGAAAGCACCAAUGUUGUUUAUUGACCACUAUCAUGUGUCAGCUAUCGAAAACAUAUAAUAUUCAGUGUCUAAACCAGGGAGGCUAUUUAAUUAUUGCCACGAAUAAGUAGUGAAAAAUACGUAAGCAUAUAAUGAAUGUGCAGACUGACUGGCUUGCAGUUAUCAAGACACAUGGACUAAGGGAGCCUGAGAUCAUUUUUUUUAAUUCACCAUGCUGUUUUUGUACAACAGUGCAGUAUACACAGCUUGUACCCGUCCUCUCAGAUAUGUCUUUAUCAGCCACUUCAGUGUAAAAUAAAACAGGUGUUACAUCACAGCUGAUAUAUCAGUAAACUGCAGAUAGUCGAUGUUUGAUACGAAAUUACUGUUAAAGCAUAACUUGCUUAUGAAGUAGUGGAAAGUUGUCUGAUUCAUGUUUACUACCUAAGGACAGGGUAUUAAAAAUGUAAAAUAACAAAACAACCCACAGGUAAUGAGAAAGAAAAAAUGUAUUUUAGAUUUGUUUGCUAAUCUGGCUUUUUCUUUAAUUUGUCAGUUUAGGCCUUUGGGAAUGCCGUAUAACCACAUUUGAAUAUAUUAUUUUUUCUUCUCUUUUUUUUUAAAUCCAAAUAAACUUUUUUGUGUGUAGCACUCGCCUUUUUUUAAUUGAAACGGACAGGCCUAAUGGGGACAAAUAAAAAUACAUCAGUGUGAGAUAUGUUGCCCUUAGGCAUUUUUGGAUUUUAAUUAAACAUAUUCUUCAUAAUUAAGAGCACCAUGUUGUGCUGAUACUAUAUAUCAUGCCGUGAUUGAACAUCCUUGAGGAAAAGCAGGCUUUUGUUUGUCGAGCACAGCACCUGCCUUUGAACCGAGUGUGAAAUGUGUUGGAGCUGUUGUGUUGAGAUAAGAAAUGAAGAGGGUUGAUCUUUAUACGGCCUGAAUGAGACGCAGAGAGCAGGAACUCAUAAACACGCUGAUUGCCGUCAUUAUGAGUUGAGGAUAUGCCAGUGGAUAUCCGCAAGGAUGUGUUCACUCAGUCAGCCAGACAUUACCUGUCAGCCAUUACAGGUUAUUGCCCCAUCCAACUGUUUUAUAAUGUCAGGGGUUAUUUCUGAGGUUGGAUGAGGAUCAAUGCCAGUUUAUCACCUUUGAAUGUGUUCCUGUGAACACGGUUUCAGCGGCAACUGUUGGUGUGUCAGAGACAAGUGUCUAAUAGGUUGGGGCAUGAUUAGAUGGAUACAUUCCUCUAAAGUAAUUGGUAAUUAAAAUGGCACCAGCAUCCACUCUUUUCAUUUAUUAUGCGCGUCGACAUGAACAAGCUGCACAGUUUGUAGAAUAUUGUUGCUCCACCAGUAUCUUUACUGUGGUGAACUUUUCAACUGAGCUGUCAGGUGUGCUCGACAGAGUACUCCUAAUCUAUUUAAAUGCUUUGUUAGGACAGUAAACGUGCACCAUCACACAGUAAGCAUGUAUAAAUUCAGCACGGACUGAAAAGACUUGUUUGCCUCGCGACUUUCUCGGUAGACUUUCAUAUAUGUGCACACUCAUUUGACAAAGUCCGUCUUGCAAUCAUUAGCUCACAUCACAAGACUUGUACAUGUUAUCUGUCCCCGACGUAGAAACAGAGUUUGUAAAGAAAGCCUUCAUGUUUUCUGCUCCAGGCACAUGAAAUAGUUUACAGAAGGGAUUUUAAUUGAUGAGUCCUAAUUUUAGUCCUGUUUUAGUAUUGUGUCAUCCAUUAUCUGAUUUUGUAUCAUUUUGCAGAUGCAUCUGAAACUUUUUAUGCUGCUGUUUUGGCCAAGUCUUCCUUGCAAAAGAGGCUAAACCUAAUAAACCAAAAGAAAUCUACCUUA